UCGAUUUCGCUUGCCAGCGGCAUGCCGUCCCUCCCGGCUUGCCCGCAGCCAGCCACGUCCCGGCCAGUGCAACUUUCACCGCGUGUUUUUGGCCGCCGUGCGACCGCCUCGCCACCGCCCAGCCAAACAAACGCCUGCUUUUGGCUGUGCGGCUCCCGCUGGCCGUUGAUCCUCGGGGCUCCUGGCGCUCUCGUCCAAGUCCUUCGUCCGCUGCCGACACAUCGCAUGCCCUGUCGUCAGCAUGACUCGGCCGUCGCUUGCACUCGCCCUGGCCCUUUGGAUGGUCUCGACGCUCGAUGCCCAGGUCGAUGCCCGUGGCGAUGCCCGUGUCGAUGCCUCCCAGCACCAUCUCCGGAAGCGGUUCCUCAGUUCGCAUGAAUCCAGCUUGCUACCGAAAUGGACGAGUGAGCCCUCCCACGAGGCUUUCGAUCUGCAUGUCCUCCAGUCCGAGGCUUACCGGUCGCUGGACCCCUCUCUGCAUCAGCACGGCUCCGGAUACGACAUCUCCAUCGCAUCCAUUCAUACCCACAGCGUCGUUCGGGUGCGUCCUCAGAUCGACGGCAUCCCUGUCACCGGUGCCGACCGGGUCUUCUCCUAUUCCCACGAAACCGAGCAGUGGAACAGUAUCGAGAUCGGGCAUCACCUCAACCCGCAUGCUCUUCGUAAGCGGGGCUACUACGAAUACAACGACACCGCCCCGAACACUUACACUUCCGACCCCAGCCCGUACACCUUCAACAUCACCGAGCAGGAGGCCCUGCAAAUCUCGCGUGACAACUCUCAGCACCUCUCCAAGGACACGAGCGAGUUCUACUGCCAGAAGGGUUAUUUUGUCGACACCACCCUCGACACCAUCCGCCCUGUCUGGAAGAUUGUCGACAUUGCCGAGCCCGCACCGGGGCGCACCAUCCGAUGGAUCGAUGCCCAGUCCGGUGUUCUCGUCUCGUCGAUGCCGAGUGUAAUGCAAGACUCGGGUCUGGUCUAUCCCGAGCCAGGCAUGGUGGCUCUUGGCACCGCGCCAACCAAGGUCGCCCUCCGCAACGUCCAGUCGCCGACAAAGUACAAUGGCGGACUUGGAAUCUAUGGCUCCGACUUUCGCAGCUUCAACACCUGUUUCAACUACGGGUGCUUCAAUGGAUCCAAGCCCCUGGGCAACUGCACUGAGGACAUGGUCUAUUGCGCCGGACCCUACGCCACCGCCAACGGCGCACCCUCGUAUUCCGUGCGCAACUACCGCUUCACGACAGACGGCCGUUACCUGGAUGCCAGCCGGAACUGGACAGCCGACGGUUUCCAGGGCGGGCUCGUGCACAUGAUGUGGACUCAGGCGCCGGUUUUUGCGCCCAUCGUCCGCCAGCCUGGCGACGGUCUGUGGGGAUCGACCACCGACUUUACCAGCACCUCCCUCAGCGGAUACACCGACUUUGUCGAGCUUCAAGCGUACUACUAUAUCACGGAGCAUCUCCAGUUCAUGAAAAACAUCAUCAACGACACCAACUUUUGUCUGGUCGGGUCAGGCCCAGGUUGUCUGCAGCGCGACCCGGUCACCAACCGUACUGCAACGCACUGGGAUCAUCCCAUGCGCUUCGUCGUCAACUACCAGCAGAUGCAGACCCUUCCCGGGCCUGGCGACAACUACGACGACUUUAUGACGCAGCUCAGCAACGGAUACGGCAAGAAUGACUCGUUCCCGAUCAUGUUCUACAACUCGACGGCCUACCAGAAUGCCUAUUUUUCCAAUUCGCAGUUCCAGCCACCCGUCAACAGCGUCGAGUUUCGCAACUGUACUGGCGGUGCGUGCGUGUCCAUCCUCGAGUCGCCCUUCAACUACUUUGCGUUUGGUGUCGACGACCAGUACUCGUGGGGUCUGGCAGACUGCACUGUCUUCCACGAGAUGACCCACGCCAUCGUCGCAAAGUACAUCCCGGACCUGCCCUUUUACUCCUUCGGCGACAAGGGCCUGCUCAGCGACCCCGGCGCUCUCAACGAAGGCUGGGCGGACUACUUUGCCGCGAUCCACUGCAACCGUCCCGACUUUCGCACCCAGUACGACGGCCGCCCAUACCGGUCCGUCAUCAACAACAUGACGUGCGCCGACAUGGUUGGCGAGAUCCAUACAGACAGCGGCGUCUUCUCGGGAGCGCUGUGGGAGAUUCGCCAGCAAGUCCCUGUCCUCGUCCAAGGCAACACCACAAAGAACGCCCUCGCCUUUGAUCAGCUCGUGCUGCACGCCAUGGCCAUGGGCACCAUGUCCGAGACCUUCACCACGCAGUUCCAAAAGAUCCAGGCCCUGAUCGAGAAGGACCCGGUGCUGUGGCCACUCCGCAACCUAUCUUAUGCAGUGUUUUCGGCGCGAGAGUGGAACUGCUCUCGAGUCACUCCCUAUUCCGAAGUCAGCGACUCGACCUUCACCAUCCCAGACUCGCGAACAACCGCUCGCAACAUCUCGACGGCAGCCACGCAAAUCCUGGUAUUGCCCCGCAAGUCAGACUGGCGCGCCACCCUGAGCUGGGACCAGUUCUACGUCUCGCCGUUUCUGGGGACCCUGCGCGUCGGCCUCUCGGCGGCACCUCUGCUCUACGCCGUUUCCUUUGGCUGCCCGAUCGCCUCGGAUGUCAACGGCACGCUCUCUGCCGACUGCAGCACAAGUAACGCCACCGUGGCCUGUCCCGGAUACGAGAACCAGACCGUCCGGUGGCAAAGUGCGGCGUACGAUUCUGCAGCAAGUCGCGGAUCGAUCACCGUGGAUUUUGGAAUCGAUUCCUGCAGCAGCAUCUACGUGUGGAUCUCCCACGACAUACCCGCUCCAAUGACACUUUACUCGAUCAGCCUCGCCUAUCUGGGCUGGCAUCGCAUUUGGCUAUGGACGCUCACGGGGCUGGGGCUGCUCGAGUUUGUUGUCCUACUCGGGCUCAUGGUGGCCAGCGUCGCCAGGGCGCUCGCUCGCCUUGCACUGAGGAAAAAGUCUGAUGCCCGAACCCGGGUGGGUCCGGACAGCAUUGCAAGCUCCAUCGACAAGGACAAGAUCUGUUCCUGGCUCGUCAACAUGGAUGAUCAAGCCGCUACCGGGCCGACGUUAUGGUCGAGAAGAUGGCGACUGUUCGUCAUUUGGACGGUGUUCAUUGUCUCCAAGGUCGUCCUGGCCACCACCGGCGCCUUUGGCAUCGUGGCGCUGUACUAUCCGCCUUGGCGACCACUGCUGUCGUGGUCGCUGUUCAUGCCUUUCAUCCUGGUCCUCGUCCUGGACGGCCUUCUGGGCUGCGGCCGUCAUCGCCGACUGGUGGCCGCCCAUCGCUGCCUGAAGAUCCGGGGCCGCAGCCUCGGCCUCUGGAAGAUAUGGGUUCUUGCGGACUUGCUUCUGCUUGUAUUCACGUCGCUCGGCGCCCUGGUUGUGUUCCUGGACAAUGUGGCUGCUGGACUUCAUGCGACGAUCUUUAUUGUCUUUGUAGCACUGUGGUUCGCCCGCGGUGCUGUUUCUUCCGCGUGGCUGUGGUCGGCUGUGAGGCAAGCCGACAUGCAAGUUGGGCGACAAGUGACACCGACACCAGCAGCAGCACCCACGGCUGGAACACUCAGCCGAUCGCAUCCCCAGCCUGUCAACAGCCGCCCCACACAACUGUAUAAAUAGAAUGACAGCACCAUGUCGACUUGUAGAAUCUGUGCAAGAUGACCCAGG